AUGUCGUUUGACCCAGGGACGAAAGUCGAGUCAGAAGCGCCCCCCGACUUCUCUCUCCAAACAUCGUUCGGAGAUGACCUCAAAUACUUUCCGUACCAGCUACGCGGAGAAUGCGAAGAUCUUGAAGCUUACGAGCCCGGUGGGUUUCAUCCAGUCCAUCUCGGCGACACCUUCGACGGACGAUACAAGGUUGUCCACAAACUCGGCUUCGGCGGGUUUUCGACUGUAUGGCUUGCACGCGACUCCGCUAGUGACAAAUGGGCCGCGCUCAAAAUUGUUGUCGCCAACGAGUCGUCCACAUAUGAAACUCGUUCUGUAGUUUCCGAUCACUCAGUCGUUCUCGAGUCUGAAUUCUUCGAUGUCGCGACCCGAAAAUUCUGGAUAGAUGGCCCCAAUGGACACCAUCUUUGUCUCGUGUACCCUGUACUGGGUCCUGAUCUCUCCAGGCUCUCCAAGGGUAUUUAUACUAGGUUCAAGCCGGAAUUAGCCAAGGCCUUGAUGCUUCAGGCAGCGCAGGCUCUCUCCGUUCUGCAUGCUGAAGGACUUUGUCACGGCGAUUUCACUGCAAGCAACAUUGCCUUACGCCUCAAAGAUGAUUUUCACUCAUUCAAUGAGGAAAAGUUUCUUCAGGUUUUCGGACGGCCACGGACUGACCCUGUACGACCUUACUCGGAAGAAUCCCCUGAGCCUCAUGCACCAAGAUACAUCGUCGAAGCUCUGGACUUCUUGUCAUCUUCAUCAAACUUGCUCAGUGAGAAGAUUUGCAUCAUUGACUUUGACCAAUCAUUUACGGCCACCUCUGCUCCUACGAAACUUGGAACCCCAGCGAAGUACCUGGCGCCUGAGGUCGCGGUCGGAGAGCAUGCUAGCCCGGCCUCCGAUGUCUGGGCCCUGGGCUGCGCGAUCUUCCGCGUUCGUUCCGGAGAGGAUCUGUUCUUCGACUACGACACGAAUUGCCCAGCGGAUGUGCUCCGGCAAAUUGUGAAAACUGUAGGGCAUUUGCCCGACCAAUGGAAGGAAACACGAUUCGACGAGGACGGCAAUCCGACCAAAGAUCAAGGCGAGCCGUUCUGGGCGCUGGAGGAGACGCGACCCCUCGAAGACAGAGUCCACGAAAUUCUUGAUGAGCCUCAGGGUCUGUUCAUAGAUCAAAAUGGCGCACCGCAAGAUCCAGCUGUUGCCGACCCUGCCCCGCCGCAGUUCGAAAGCGACGGUCCUCCGAGAGUGCCGUAUACAGAAGCGUACUCUGGAAUGUUGUGGAAGCCCACAGCAGUUUGCGUCGACGGGGGUUACUUCGUGGCUUACUCGGACGAGUCUGACGAGAUGCUCAAGGCGUUUCCCAAGAUGGCUGAAAGCGAAGCCACGCAGCUGGUUGAUCUGCUAUCAAAGAUCUUCGAGUACGAUCCAGCGAAACGCGUUGCGGCCAAGGAGUUGAUCGGGCACCCGUGGUUUGGACAUUCUCAAAGGAAGAGGAAACGGGUAGACUGA